UGACAAAAUAUUUAUUAAAGAAAAAAGUAGAAAAAAUAAAACUCUAAAUCUUAUUUAAACUCUAAGUAUAUAUUCGAGAUAAUAAAUAACUUUACCAAGGUGUGUUGUUUCACUCCUCGAUCUCUAGUAAAACUUGGAUCACCGUCAGUUGCUUGAUUUGUUUCUCUUCCCCGCCGUAAUCUUGGCGUGGUUUCUUUGGUGGACAGCACAGAUGGCCGCCGGAGCACUGCGGCAAGGGGCCUCCUCCCACCGGGGCGGCGGCGGCGGCGGCAAGGAGGCGAUGCCUUGCUGGGCGUCGCUGCACAUCGACGUGACACAGCUCAUCGCCGCGCGGGUGCUCGCCACGGGGGGUUUCCUGGACUACGUCCGCUUCCGCGCGGUCUGCUCCGGCUGGCGCGCCGCCGCCGCCUCCCCGCGCGGCCGCGGCCUGCUGGAUCCGCGCCUCCACCCGCGGCGCUGGAUGCUCUUCCCCGAGGGCUUCGGCCAGCACCCGGGCCACCCCGCGCACGGCGGCCACACCCGCUUCUUCGACGUCUCCGCCGCCGGCGCCUUCGUCCGCGUCCCCAUCCCGGAGCUCGAGGACCACCACGUCCUCGACUCACCCGACGGCCUGCUCCUCCUGGUGCGCUUCGAAGACACCGCCCUCCGCCUCCUCCACCCCUUCACCCGUGACGUCGCCGACCUCCCGUCCUUCCACUGCCUUGCCCAGCAGGUGAGGCACCUGGAGGAGCUGCCCGACCGCGUCAGGCUGUUGGAUGCUGAUGUGUUCUAUUUCUACGGGACGCUAUCCCGCGAGCUUUGCAGCGCCGUCAACAUCACGGCCUCUGGGACCAUUACCGUGAUGCUAGCGCUUGCUCCUAUUGGCCGGGUCGCGGUUGCAUCAGCCGGCGAUGAUCAGUGGACUAUAAGCAGCUGGGCCUUGGAGGAGAAGGAACUGGAAGGUGACCCUGCCGUAUCAGGGGAAGCUGUAUGUGGUGAAUCAGAAAGGCGAGCUAAUACAUGUCUUUCGGAUUGAUCCUCCGCUACCUUGGCGUGAUGGGGAUGCAUCAUUAUCUCCACCAACAGUGCCUCCACCAAGGACGGUCGCGACAGUAUAUAAGGAAAUCUACUUGCCUUCUUUGGUUGCAUUGGACUCAGAGAUCAUGCUUGUCGGCUACAAGAACAGGGCUUGUUCAUGCAUUUUGGUUCUCAAGCUUGCUGAUCUUGUCUUGGGUAGGACUGUUCCAGUGACAUGUAUAGGUGAUCAUGUCCUCUUUCCUGGUGCCCGUAGCCUCUGUGUGUCAUCCAAAUUGGUCGAAACUCCAUCAUAUGGGUCCGAGGGAACUGUCUUGCACAAUACAACCUAAACUCUGGUGCUUGGUCGCUGGCUAGUGAUGAAAACACAUGCUUCGAGACCCCAAACCCCCUCGGCCUCGUCCAUCACAUCUUUGCUUGUUGCUAUCAGAGAUUCUGGAACACAGGGUUGCUGUUCUGCGGCAUGGAUACCUGAUUGGUGGGCGAGGCUGCCAGACUGGAUCGAAUAAUUGCAGCCUAAAAUUGGAAGACUCUUGGCCUGCUGUGGACGUUGUACAAAAAUGUUCAGUCCAUAUGUCUAUUUCUCCAGUGAAUCUCUGCUCAUGUUGCGCUCGUGUCUCCUGAUGGUUGCUCGUCUGAAGAAUUUGGAAAGAGUAGCAGCUGUUUAGUUCAACCCUGUUUUUUUUUUUUUUGAUCAAAUAGUUCAACCCUGUUUUCUUAGUCAUUCCCUGAUCAACCUGAAGAGUGAAACGCAAUGCUCUUCAUGUACAUAAUUCUAAAGCAACGCUUUUGUCUACUGGCUACUGCUAGCUGCAUCGCCUUGAAAUACUGUGUAUCUCAGUAUUCGUUAUCGAAGGGUGAUUUUCUGCUGAA